UGAAACAGGUAAACCCUGAUGACAUAAUCAGAAAAAAAUGAACCUCAGGUCCAGUGAGGAGGAGAAGGAAGAGGAAGAGGAGGGAUCACAUAAUCACCACCUCUGUCAGUGUCUGUGUGUCACUCUCUGCUGGGAACCAUCUAGCAGCGUUAACGAAGCUGGUGCAGGAGGAUCGACAGACAUCUCACAUCUGUAAGGAAUGAUAGGAGUCCUGAACACCAGCAGCAGAGUGUGCACACGAGGAUCCCUGAGCUGGUGGCAUGGAGGAAGCCUACAGUGAACUGUACCAGCAGUUCCUCCGCCUGAGGUCGCUUUGUCUGAGACAAGCUGCUCUGUUGCAUCAACUCACAACAGCCCUGCAGAAACAGCAAGGCGCCACUGUUCCUAAUGGAGAGUUAAGCUACAUGCUGUCCAUCCCCUUCCAGGGCAGCCAAGCAAUCCCUGUGCUCAUCCCUGAAAAGCUUCAACCGAUGAAGGAAGCACCAAAGUGUUGCGACCAUCAGGUCUCCAGAAAUGUGUACACUUUUUCGGAUCUUCUCGUGGAAGAUAUGUCCAAGCUCUGCAUGGAUUUGCCUCUGCGGAGUGAGGAGGAUGGAAAGUUGGAGCCGAAGGUUGCACCUCUGUCAACAGUGGACCCCUCCAGACCGCACGGAGCCUUAUCUGGUGAAUCAAAAACUCCAGGGCAGGCAGAUCAUCGUGGUAGAGACAGGACUGUGCUCACACCGAGGUUUCCUGCGUCAGACAGGGGGUCCCGUGUCAUGGACUUCAUGAGCCAGCCCGGUGGGUUACUGAUGUCAGACGUGGCGCUGCAUUCACAUGUCUGCGACUUCUGCCAGGCGGUUUUCCCCGGAGACACAACCACCAAAGGAGAGUUCAUACGACAUCUUCACACCCACAUCAGCUAGACGGUGCGGACCAUGCAUCUGGUCCUGAUAGAUGAGUGAUGAGUGUUUGCAUGAUGUGGUGGAGUAGGUAAAUCUUAGGUAACCUGAUCUCUGGAAACAACAGAGUUGCAGUUUGCCUGUGAACUGAACUGGGCAGAUUGUUCUUGAGGGUGUAAAGUGCAGGGUUGAAAUAGACUCCCUGUGCUCACAUCUAUAUUCAGUGGGGACAUGUUGCAUUUUAAAAGACAUAGUAAACCUAAAUUACACAACAUUAUAUCUUCCACUAUAUAGCCAUGGUUUGAUUAGUCAAUGUUUCGAGAUGUCCUUCGCUGAGAUUUAUGCCUUUACAUGAAUGCAUGAUAACAGAAUUUAAUUUGUUCUGCUGACAACAUUGAAGUAUUACAUACAACUAAAAUGGCUCUGAACACAGCACAUAAGUCUGCUAAUGCCCAACAUCAUUAAAAUUCACUAGAUCUUGAUUUUUAUUUAGAUCUGUACCAUUUUACACACACCCAUAAAUAUCAUAAAUAUCAGUACCCUUAACAUGACUGAUUUGUAUAUUCUACAGCCAUGAAUAAUUGUCUGGGAGAUCAAGGAAAAUGUUGCAAAAUGUCCUACCUCGCAAUGUUUGAGCAAUUAAAAAUCAGUCCUUGAUCUGCCCCCAGAUCACAAUCAAGACCAAAGAUUUAUGAGAUCUUUCCUGACCCAUCCUUCCACCAAGUUUAAUGGUAAUCAGCCCCAUAGGUCUUAUGUAAUCCUGCUAAAUUACAGACAAACGAACAAAACAGAUGUAGAAAACCACAUCUCUUAUUCAGUUAUUCUGAACUCUCUACAGACAUGUCAGUAUACAGUUCCUACAGAGACUUCCUUAAACAUUAACCAAAGCCAACCCACUGUUAAACCGUGUAAUUUAAGGUGCCUUUCCGAACAGCAGCCUAUUAUAGGGUGUAUUCAUGUCCAUAUAGUUCCUACUCUGAACAUUUCACUUUGUAACCACUCUUGUAUUUUACCUGUCAUUUAAAAUCAUCAAUAUUUCAUCUAGACUGAUUGUGAUCACCCCGGGUGUUACUAUGGUACCUGUGACUUUUGCAUCUUUAAGUACCAAGAAAUACUUUCAGACCUCACAAGAUAUGUGUUUGAUGAACACCCUGACGAUGAGCAAAAGUAUAAAAUACAUAAAAGCAUCUUCAGAGGAUUAAAGAAUAAACAAACAAAUAAUCUGUCAUGUUUAGGUAUUUAAAUCUGAGAUAUUAUUGUAGUUGUUUUGAAUGGUUAUUAUGAUGGAAUAAUUCAGUGAUGUCAGCAUUGUACAGUGGCAUACGUCUUGUUUAUAUUUAAGCAACUGCUUGAAGGAGUUUUUGUUUUGCUCUCACUUCGUUGUUGGUUAUGAAUAAUUAAAAAGUUGUCAGUUGACUCUAA